AUGGUUCAACUACUGGCUGAUCCUACAUUCUCUCCUGCGGGAACACCUACUCACGAGGCCACUGGUGGCCCUCUCAUCAAGAGGCCUGGCUUCGGUAGGACUGACUCAUCAACGUCGAUGACUCGGGAGGAGCAUGCCAAGCGGCUGCAAGAGAUCAACCAAAAGAGAGGACUGAUGAAGGCACCCAGACGCGGAUGGUCAAUGACGGAUUAUCAAGGUGACCAUGUUGGAUCACACUCAGGUGCCUCUUAUAUUGAUCGACAGGCAUCUAUUCCCGAGAAUGAUUCUCCUCCAGUCGAGACUCAACACCCUUCAGCGGCUGAACUUUCUCCACCACUCGCCGUGCCCUCGAUAUCUCAGGCGCCCGCUGGAGUUAAGACGACUCAGCUUGCCAGUCGACCUAAGCUGCCUCCCCCUCGUCGUUCAUACUCUGUUAUGGACUAUGAGCCAAUUCCUCAGACACAACCACAGCCUCCCAAGGAUCACACCCUUCUGGACCUUCCAUCGGAGCUUCAUUACACCAUCUUCGACCACCUCGACCCUAUUGAUAGCGUUUGCUUUGGCCUCACAAACUCCAACUUUUACGAAAUCCACCGACGACUGCAUGGUACAGUUCCUUUAUCCAGCCGUUACUCGGGCCCCAAUGACAUGGAAUGGGCCUGGCGAGGAGCCGGCCCUCUUGUCCAUCGGCAUGAACGAAAUGCCGAGGCAGAGAACCCAGUGAAGCAGAUGCGAGUGAAGGGACAAGUUUACUGCAGAAAGUGCGGUAUUUCACGUUGUGAGCUGCACAGCCAUCUCAAGGACUGGAUGGGCGACGGCUACGAGUACUGUUCUGUCAAGGAAGUUUAUGGCAGGCCCGCUGGCGAGGACGCCAAACCAUACUGCCACAUCAAAUCCCCCAAGAACCCACACCGAUGUGGACGCCAUGGAGGAAAGAAAGAACCAUCACAUUGA